AUGAGCAGCUACCCUCGGCCGGCCCCGCAAGGCGCUGGCCGAGAUGACUAUCCCAACUUGAUCGCCAACCAGUAUCCUCAGCUCCACCAGGGUUACGGCACCUCGUCUUCCAUGAUGCAUCAGUCCUCUGUUGCUGUGUCCCACCCUAAGCCGAUUACUCCGGCUCUUGCCUCUAGACCGCCCGUACCCCGCCCCAUGCCCGCCAGAGGUGUUAUGCCCACGUCAGGUCUGUCGUCGCCGUCCGGUCAGAGCUCCCUCAUGCCUCACCAGCAGUCCAUACUGCAGCCGGACGAGCAGCCGACCCACGUCGUUGGCUCUCAGGGGCGCCGCAGAAUCCUCUCCAGCGCGCCCGGCCGUCUCACUGCUCCUACCGGUAGCGGUGCGUCCGAUAAUGCUGUAAUCCCGCAGAAGGACGCCGAUGGCAAGUUUCCUUGCCCGCAUUGCAACAAGACCUAUCUCCACGCGAAGCACCUGAAGCGCCACCUUCUUCGCCACACCGGCGACCGCCCAUACAUGUGCGUGUUGUGCCGUGAUACCUUUUCUCGUAGUGAUAUCCUCAAGCGCCACUACCAGAAGUGUUCUACUCGCCGAGGAAAUCCCACUGGUGCGAGCCACCUGUCGCACCCCCAGGCCCAUGUUAAGAAGAAUCACAAUGCUCAGGAGCCCAGUGAGGGCGACAUGCCUCAGCUGAACGGCAUGAACAGCAUGCAGGGCGACAAUGGCAUGGUUCACCCCUUCAGCAUGGUCCCCAUAAACUACGGGAUGCCCGGAAUGGCCAAUGACCGGAACCAGGUCUCGCGAUCCAACAGCAUGACCAGGAUGAAGGACGAGAAUGGCCGCGACCGAAAAAACAUGCCCGGUGGCGGCUCGAUGUACGGCGGCGAUGUCCAGAACUCCGUGACAUGCAACAUCGACCCGCAGCUCGCCAACUACAGCAUGCCUCAGAGCCAGAAUGACAUGGCCAUGUUUGGAGGAUCCAAACCGACCCAACAGAACAUGGAAUGGGGCAUGUUCAGCCAGCCUGGUGCGCCAGAUACCUUCGUCAAUUUCGUUCCUUCCUAA